UGUACCAAUUUGCAUUUGCAACAACGAGUGAGAAUUCCUGUGCUCCACAUGCUUAUCAUUUGGUAUUGUGUUUUCGAUUUUAACCAUUCUAAUAUGUAAUGGUAACUCAUUGUUUCAAAUUUACAGUUCCCCAAUGACCUAUAAUGUUGAGCAUCAUUUCCUAUGCUUAUUUGCCAUUUGUAUGAUGAGGUGUCUAUUCAUAUCUUUUGCCCAUUUUCUCGCUUGGUUGUUGCUUUUCUUAUUGUUGAGUUUCUAGUAUAUUUUGAUUAACAGUCCUUUCUCUUGUCAUAUGUAUAUUUUUAUAAUAUGCAAUCCUGCUGUGUAUAAUUUGCUUUUUAAUAUAGCACUAUAGCAAGUAUUGCCCAUUUUGCCUGAAGCUUCCCAAUUACCACUUUAAAAGGGUGCAAAAUAAAUACCACACUUCUUCCUGUAAAGCCCUACAGAGAUUUUUUAUUAUAUCCACUUUACAUGUAAAGAAAGCUACGAAAAUGCUAAGCUGCCUUAGGUUCUAGCGCUGCCAGCUGGCAGAGCUCAGAAUUUCGUCAGGUAAUCCAUCCAGUGCUUUUCGCUGUUCCAAGCUGCCUCUGCCCGCAGCGUAAGUUGCUAUGACUAAGUGGCAUUUCCUCAUUUCUUCGGGCCUCCCAAAUGGCUUUACAGCAGGGUGAAGCCGCGAUCCGUUGUCGGACAGGCUCCGGUACUUAACUGCGCUCAGCACUUUCGGCGGCGGGCGGGAACUGCCGCACUCCUCCCAGGCCGCGGGGCGGAGCCGGGGCGAGCGGGCCACGCCCGCGACCGCUCACUGCACUGCGCAGACGGCGCGGACACCGGACCUGGCUUCCCGAGCGGGGCGGCGGCACAUCUGAAGUGCCCGAGGGCGCUGUCGGGCGGUGAGGGGACGCGACACCGCGGCAGGACGCUUACGGACGCAGGACCAGCGGAGCAGGGCGCGGUGAGCGCGGAGCGGGGCAGCCCCGCAGCGGCCCGGUCGGGCAGCUGGCUGGCGGUGAGAGGUGCACAGGGCAGAGCUCCUUCCUGGAAGUCUGGGUGUAAAUCUGUUCAGACUGACGCCUGCCCUCGGGCCAAGAUAACGGCAUGGUAAAGGUAAAGGCAUGACGUUGGAACCGACCCUUGAGGAGUGUUGUCUUCGUUUUUUUCGAAGAAAUAAUGGGUUUUAUUGCGUUAUCAUUCAGCUACAGUGGUGCAGCGCUUGUCGUAAUAGGGUUAGUAGAGGCCCCUGGCUGGGGCCUUCUUACCAACUCUUUGAAAGGACUUUCACUGUUGCACUUGGGGCCGCAGCGAAUUGUAAAGACAGUCAAAAGAUUUCUGCCUUAUCUGAGAAGCAAGCUAGCAAAUGGGAGAGAAGGGUCAACAGCCAAAGCGAUAAAAAGAGACGAAUGUCAUAACCCUAGGAUGCCUCUUCGGUGAUCCGUGGCGUUUGCUUUUAUGAAUUGCUACAGAAUCUCUUACCCUUUGAAGAGGAUAAGCUACAUGCUCCUUUCCUGAGCAUUUGACAGAAGCCCACAGGGAAGGGGGUAGAGUUCUUUUCUUUGCGUCUUGCGAUCAUUUGGCUCUUCCUUGCUUGAAUGAAUCUCCUGUUUAGCUUGGACAAAGCCUGAAGCUGUUAGAUUCAAACAACUUCGUACAAGUCCUUUGGUUUUUAGACCACUUUUCUCCUCUGAUUUACACGUGAAGAAAUCGCUUGAAGUGUGCAGCUCUGAGUUGGGGAAAGUGGUGUAUUUUGGGGCAUUCUGAGCAUUCAGAAGGAAAGCGGACAUGUCUUUGGAUGACGUUAAGAUGAAAUCUGGUGAUUUCCUGGAGAAGCAGCACCUCGACAGCGGGGGCUUCGGAAAAGUGUCUCUGUGCUUACACAGAUCCCAUGGGCUCGUGAUCCUGAGAAAGGUGUACACCGGGCCCAAGCGCAACGAGUACAAUGAAUCCCUCCUGGAGGAGGGCAAGAUGAUGCACAGGCUAAGACACAGUCGGGUGGUGAAGCUCCUGGGCUUCAUCCUAGAAGAAGGAAACUACUGUCUGGUGAUGGAGUACAUGGAAAAGGGCAACCUGAUGCAAGUGCUGGGAGCCGAGAUAGCUGAUCUUGGCGUUACUUCCUUUAAGACGUGGAAUAAAUUGACCAAGGAGGAACACAAUGAGCAGAGGAAAAUCAACAGUACCUUUAAGGAGAAUGGCUGCACCCUCCAUUACAUGGCCCCCGAGCAUCUGAAUGAUGUCAAUGCAAAGCCCUCAGAGAAAUCAGAUGUGUACAGCUUUGCCAUAGUACUUUGGGCAAUUUUUGCAAAUAAGGAGCCAUAUGAAAAUGCCAUCUGUGAGCAGCAGUUGAUGAUCUGCAUUAAGUCUGGGAACAGGCCAGAUGUGGACGACAUCACUGAGUACUGCCCGGGGGAGAUUAUCAGCAUGAUGAAGCAAUGCUGGGAGGCGAAUCCAGAAGUUCGGCCAACGUUUGCUGGCAUUGAAGAAAAAUUUAGGCCUUUCUAUGAAAAUCAAUUAGAAGAAAUAGUAGAAGAGGAUGUGACAAGCUUAAAGAAAGAAUAUCCAAAUGAAAAUGCAAUUGUGAAGAGAAUGCAGUCUCUCCAAAUUGAUUGUGUAGCAAUACCUCCAAGCAGGUCACAUUCAGCCCCAGAACAGCCCAGUUCACUGCACAGUUCACAGGGACUAGGUGUAGGGCCCGUGGAGGAGUCCUGGUUCGCUCCCUACACCGAGGACCAGCAGGAGGAGAAUGAGCUCACCCUGCAGAGCAAACUCCAGGAGGAAGCCAACUACCAUCUUUUUGGGAGCCGCAUGGACAGGCAGACAAAACAGCAGCCCAAGUGGAACAUGGCUUACAAUAGAGAGGAGGAAAGGCGACGAAGGGUCUCCCAUGACCCUUUUGCACAGCAGAGACCUUAUGAGAAUGUUCAGAACCCAGGAGUAAAAGGCCUUCACUAUUCCUGUGCAGCCAGUCCUGGAAAUGCAGUGCACCAAUCAGCAGGGCUAACCAGCCAACCCCAAGCACCAUACUGGAGCAACGGAUCAUCAUUUAGUCGACUCGGUUUUGGAACAAGACCGUUGGAUCUGGGAACAGCAGGAUCAAGAGUUUGGUAUGGGCCAAACCCAAGCUGCAUGCCGAGUCUGAAUAAAAUCUCAGGGCCUGACGUAGUGGGAAAUACACCCACCAUUCCAUUCAGCUCCUUGCCAUCAAGAGAUGAGUCUACAAAAUAUACCAUAUACAAUAGUACUGGCAUUCAGAUUGGAGACCAUAAUUAUAUGGAGAUUGGCAGAAUGAGUUCACCAUCGCUGGACAGUAAUAUAUACACAAACUUGAAAGAAGAGCCAGCUUCUAAGUGCCUAGAUAUCUUUGAUAAUACUACUAGUCUGAUGGAUAAACACCUGGACCCAGUCAGGGAAAAUCUGGGAAAGCAAUGGAAAAACUGUGCCCGUAAGCUGGGCUUCACUGAAUCUCAGAUUGAUGAAAUUGACCAUGACUAUGAGCGUGAUGGACUGAAAGAAAAGGUUUACCAGAUGCUCCAAAAGUGGCUGAUGAGGGAAGGCAGCAAGGGGGCCACAGUGGGAAAGCUGGCCUGGGCACUCUACCAGUGUUCAAGGAUAGACCUUCUGAACUAUUUGAUACACAUCAACCAGAACUAACUCCACAAGAGACUUUGGCAGCAGGAAGUAAUCUCAGAGUGAGCAACUGCAAACAGCCCACUAAACAGGAGGACUUGUUCAUGGCCAAGGCCCAAUCAAAACAGAAGCCUAAUUGGAUUUUGAAAAGGAGAGAAGAGAUACUUGAUGAGCACUGUUUCCUGUCAGUUCAUUCCAUGACUUUCAAUUAUGCUCUUCAUCCCAUUUUGUUAGAUAGAGCAAGGGAAAAAAAAUUCAUGGAACGUAAACUAAAUCAAUUUUCUUACGUUGUGCUCUCUUCUCUAUAUAGACUUUUGUUUUAACCAGUGUACAGGAAAAUUCUAAGUUCUCCUCAUAUAGGUGUUUUGGUAUCACAAGCACAGUUCGUUCCAAAAUUAUAGUGUCUGUUAGCUCAGGAUCAAAUAUUGUAUCGGUCACUACAGGCUUCAAGAAUUGUGUUUAAUUUCUACUCCGUAAAGUAACUGAAGGGAUUUUAAGGAGGACUAAGAAGCAGGGGGGAAAAAAGAACAAAAAUAUUACAAUUUUCUGGGCAGUUGUAAGGAAUUGCCACUCAUUUUGACAACUACAAAAAUUCUUAAGUUUUUAAGUUCUUUCCAGUACUCUGAUGCAUUAUGUAGUUUUCCAACCUGUGUGCCUGAAAGAGGGGUCAUGUAUGUGGGGCAUAUUGAUUUCUUCAUCCCUGGCUAUAACUGGAGCCUCGAAGCUUCCUCAGUUUACCCCAGGAUACCAUCAUUUUUUUCUGUGAGCUUUGAUGUAAAAAAAGGAGUCUGGUAAUUAUGCCUCUAGCACACAUCCUUUCAAAGCCCACCUGAAACUCAGGAAUACAAGACUAGAAGUGGACCACCCAGCAUCACUGCCAGCACUUUGCUAAACAGAGAGGGUCUGCCAUUAUGCUUAGCCCUGUGAGGAAGGAGGGAGGAAGGGGUGCAGGAUGGUCAGGCUAGCUUUCAUAAAGAGGAAUUUCUCAAAGUCAGCAUUACUGGCAUCUUGGGCCCAAUAAUUCUUUGUUUGGGGGGGUGAGGGGGUGCGGUCCAUUCAUUUAGGAUGUUUGGAAGCAACCCUCGUCUUUGCCCACUAGAUGCCAAUACCACUGUUCUCGCCCUCCUCCCAUCGCCAGCUGUGACAGACAAACACAUCUCUAGAAAUUGCCAGAUAUUUCCUCAAAGGGCAGAAUCACCCCGGUUGAGAAGAGCACCGCCAUAGGUAAUGAACCUUGGUUCUCUUAUCUACACGUAGCCGGGCUCACCAUUCGGUUGCCACACAGCAUUAAGUCAUACAGACCAAAAGGAGAAUGGGAGAGAGAGGCAUCCCAGGCUCUGCUAGAAGAGGCUAGAUGAUUUCUUUUCUAAAUGUUUAUCUCCUAAACCUCUAUCCUAACAGUGUACUGAAUUCUAAGAUGGAACGAUCAAUGUUAAAAGGGAAAAAAUGGAAGGUCUUUAUAGUAAUAAAAUAUCAAAUCCUAUACUAAGGCAUUGAAAUGAUUUGUGUGUUUGUAUGUAUGAAAUAGUUUAGGAUUCUCCUCUGUGGCUUUACCACUUAGGUUGGCAUUUUCUGUACACAUUCCUCUUCAGCCUCCUGCUAUUGGCAGGAGACGAAGCUGAUGGUGAAAAGAGGAGGACCUGUGUGGACAGUGUGUUGCAGCUCGCAGGAUGAAAACUCUCUGCCCUGUGGGCCUGCAGUACUGCAGUCCUUCAAACAUGGCUCAGAGGCUUUUCCUUUAGCCCCUACUCCCUAAAAACUAGGCUGAAAAGAGCCAAAUUUGUAUCUGAGGAGUUUUAAUACAAGGCCCAAGCACCAUAAAAACACUAGUCUUGGGCAGAAACCAAUUGAGAUUAACACAGACUACAAACUGAGCAAAACGACUCUCCAUACUUGUUUCCAAAAAAUGACAUUCAGAUCCUAAGGUAACUGUUGCUAAAAAAGACCCACGUCCAGCUCUCGCAGUUUUGCUUGGCAGUCUUUCCGCUUGUUGCUCUGGUCACAAUCUUUGUUUUGGUUCCAUAAUGUAAGUCUUCAGGAAUAAGAAAAGGAGUUCUUUCUGAGAAAAUGUCUUUAAUAGUAUUUCGAAGUAUAUUUCAACGUGUUAUUUAUAAAGAAGUUUUUCUCAUUACCCUAAUGUAAGUAAAAAUAUGUGUUUACAUAGUCAA